AUGAAGUCCGUCGCCGCCAUCAUCACCACCGCCGUCCUCGCCGGCUUCAGCCAGGCUUGCUCAACUCCCGGCAACUACAUCGUUACCUUCUACGGCUACCCAGACAACUCUCCUCCCGGCCCAGCAACCGCUCUUAACUGCGGAGGCCGCAACGGCAAGGCUGGUGGUACCGGAACCUACGCCGACCCUAUUACCAUCGCCACUGCUCCUGGCGAGCUGAACAACUGCGAGAUCGUUUACCUUCCUCUGUUGACCAAGUAUGGUCGUGUUGAGGACACCUGCGCACAGUGCACAACUGACUGGCAGAAUGGCCAGCCUCACAUUGAUAUCUGGACUGGCUCCAACUCGGUCAACGGCGGCAACAACCAGAUCAACUGCGAGAACAACCUGACUUUCGGUGGUCGCUACUCCAUCGUCCGCAACCCUCCCACCAACUACGGUGUUGACACCACCCCUCUCUUCGUUGCUCCCAACACCUGCAACACCAACCACGUCUACCCCAGCAACCCUGCCCACUGCUAA